CCGCGUCCUUCGUUGUAGGUCCGGCGUCCUGCACGUGUACGUCAAUGAAUGGAGAUACGGUGAAGGCCAUCGUAUCAAACCGUUUGAAUCAUUAAUCUCACGUUUCCCCCACGUGAGCCAGGCCACGUGCAAGGUGCAAACAUCGGAAGUAGCACGCUCACACGUGAGUCAGUCACGCACGUGUCCCGUGAAUCAAGUCAUUUUUAUGCACUCUCUUCUCGCGCGAAUCGCGGCCUAGCAGGAUCGGCGUCUCUUGGGUUGGAGGUGGGGGUGAUGGCAUCGCAGUCGGAAGCCGUGGAUGCAGAGAGCGAUCGCAUACCGAAGCUCCGUAUAUACUCCCCUCCCAACGCUGGAGUAUCCCCUUUCUGGAGAGACAAGUACGAGAGGGACGCCAGAAAGUAUUGGGAUAUCUUCUACAAGCGACAUCAGGACAAGUUCUUCAAGGAUCGACACUACUUGGACAAGGAAUGGGGUUGCUAUUUCGAUCCAUUCUGGUUCACCUUUCAGGCAAAGGGAAAAAAGGUCAUUUUGGAGAUUGGCUGUGGAGCUGGAAAUACCAUCUUUCCUUUGGUUGCAUCUUAUCCAGACAUUUUUGUUCAUGCAUGCGACUUCUCAACACGUGCUAUUGACUUGGUUAAGGCACACAAAGAUUUCAAAGCAGAUCAAAUGGAUGCAUUCGUUUGUGAUCUCACAGUGGAUGACCUUAGCCAGAAGAUUUCACCUUCUUCAGUUGACAUUGUGACCAUGAUUUUUGUUCUGUCUGCAAUAUCCCCAGAAAAGAUGCCUGCAGUAUUGCAGAAUAUCAGAAAUGUUCUUAAGCCUCAUGGUCAUGUGCUGCUCCGAGAUUAUGCAGUUGGCGACCUUGCUCAGGAAAGACUCACUUGCAAGGAUCAAAAGAUAAGUGACAAUUUUUAUGUCCGGGGCGAUGGUACUCGUGCUUUUUAUUUUUCUGAAGAUUUCCUGACUAGUUUAUUCAAAAGCAAUGGAUUUGAUGUUGAGGAAAUUGGCAUCUGCUGCAAACAAGUGGAGAACCGCUCGCGUGAGUUAGUGAUGAAUCGGCGUUGGAUUCAAGCUGUAUUCCGCUCCUUAGAUGGUCUAGAUUCAUCUCCCAUUCAAAAACCUGAUAACAAAGUGGGUCAAGAAAUUAAUGGCACUAAGCUUAACAGUGCUAAUACUGUGAGGAAACCUGGAAAUGGUAUUGAAAUUGACAUGUCUGAGAGUAUUGCUGUUGAAAUGUUUGGUCUUUCAGAAUCUAUUGAUGAGAUCAUCGAGAUCAACUUGAGAGAAUGCAGGUUCAGGAUAAAAGGCCUCUCCAGAGAAUUCCAACACACUUGCAAAUCGACGGGCUUGAUGCUGUGGGAGUCAGCUCGCCUGAUGUCUGCAGUAUUAGUGGAGAACCCAUCCAUAGUUGCAGGGAAAAGGGUACUGGAAUUGGGCUGUGGCUGUGCGGGCAUCUGCUCGAUGGUGGCCGUUAGAUCUGCAGAUCUUGUGGUCGCUACUGAUGGAGAUGCGAGAGUGCUUGACCUUCUGAGACAGAAUGUCACCUUGAACCUAGAGCCCAUUCUCCUAGACAAACUGCUUGCAAAGACACUGGAAUGGGGGAACAAAGAUGAUGUGGAGGCCAUCAAGGGAUUGAAUCAGGAUGGGUUUGAAGUCAUUAUUGGCACGGACGUUACCUAUGUGCCUGAAGCAAUCUCCCCAUUGUUCAAAACUGCAAGAGCGCUUAUCUCCAAAGGAGGUGGUGGGAAAUUGAGACCGGCUCUCAUUCUGUGUCACAUCAUCCGUCGUGUUGAUGAGGCGUCGAUACUCUCAGCUGCGUCCCGAUCUGGGUUCAAGCUCGUGGAUAGGUGGCUCAUGGGAACACCAUCUUAUUCACUUACAGGCAGUCUCAAUGAGGAAACACACAGCGGCAUCAUUAGAUCAUGGUUUGGUUCUGGGUUUGAGGAGAUGUAUUCCCAACAAAAUAAUGCUGUAAAUAUCAUGUAUUUUCAUGCAGAGGAUGCCAAAUUCAGUUCAACCAAGGCAAUUCUCACUGGACCUUGAGAAGGCGAUUUACAGCAUGCGUGAGGUAUCCAGGCCAUUCAUCAGGUGGGUUCAGCUAUUUUGCUUGAUUUAGCAUAAAGCUUAGGCCGAUCACACCAAGUGGGCACAAGUGUGUAAUAAACGGAUGGUGAGGAAAAGAUGACCCAUGGUCUAUAUUUGUCAUAAACGGGCUACAUGCUGAGCGAGAUCUUAAUUUUGGGUCAGUGCGAUUUCUCAGUGCCCCUGCUUGAUGUGUGGCCCAGGUCCACAGAUGUGACACACAUACUGCGAGUUGUGUUGUCAGUCUCCACUUGCAGGAAUGGCGAUGUUAUUGAUUUUAUUGAAGUCCUUUAUCUUGUCAUGUAAAAUGAACAUUUUUGGGAGCUUUUGGAAUCACAGCCCUUGAACUAAGAAGCGAUUCAUUGGAGGAACGGUAAAGAUUUAUUUACUGUAAUUGGAUUCAAUCACUGUUCUGUUUAUACAAAUAUGUUAUAAUCUUAAUGGCCUUUUGCUCAUCUAAUUUCAGAUUCCAA